AAUAAAGGAAGAUUGAAGAGGAGAGUCACAUGACAAAGGGGGCUUCCCACUUCCUCAACCGCCGGCGAAGGCUAAUGAGAAUGCAACACAUAUCCCCAAGAAGUUGACAAGUGACAACAAUACAAUAAAGCGCUAAAAACAAACCAUCAGGUGGCCGAGACUGAAAGAAAAGGAGAUACACACACAAGCAGAGAGAGAACUGAAGAGUGUGCAAGUGAAGAAGAGAAGCAAAGAAAAGAAACGGAAAUGCCGAGUAGCAGAUUUGCGGGUUCUUUAUCAACCCCAAAAGUUGAUGUGGCAAUUGACAUGGGCAAUCACUUCCUCAAUCUCACCGUUGAUGGCUUCUUGAAGAUUGGAACUGUUGCAGCUACUAGAGUUCUCGCAGAGGAUGCAUAUUAUGUGGUUAAAAGAGGGAACAUUUCCACUCGCAAUUUUGAUCAAACGCUCAAAAAGAUGUGCAAAGAAGGUGCUUUAUGGGGAACUGUUGCUGGGGUUUAUGUUGGAAUGGAAUAUGGAAUGGAGAGGGUUCGUGGCACCCGAGACUGGAAGAAUGCCAUGUUUGGGGGUGCAUUGACUGGAGCUCUGAUAUCUGCUGCUUGUAACAAGAACAAAGACAAGGUUUUGACAGAUGCCCUUACGGGAGGUGCGAUUGCAACUGCUGCAACAUUCCUUAACUAUCUCACCUGAAUCACUGAAACUUGAAUUCUUCCUAAUAUCUUCAGCAAAUUGUAAGGCAUUAGAUGUCCCGGCAUCAUGUUACUUUUCAUCAUAAAUGCAAUGCAUAAAUGUGCCAGAUUGUGAAAUUGCAAGACUGAUAUUAGUGGAAUGAAACUGUUCUAUAUUUGUUCAACUUGUGUUUUUCCUUGAAUAAUCAGCUUCGCAGUGUUUCCUAAUAUCUUCAGCAAAUUGUAAGGCAUUAGAUGUCCCGGCAUCAUGUUACUUUUCAUCAUAAAUGUAAUGCCAAACUAAUCAUAAAUGUGCCAGAUUGUGAAAUUGCAAGACUGAUAUUAGUGGAAUGAAACUGUUCUAUAUUUGUUCAA